AAAACUAUAACAAGAGAGUAGUAAAGUAGCAUAGCAUUCUCUUUAAACAGCAUUUACUAGCUAGUAACUGAAGAUAAUAAUGACAGGAAACUUGGCUCAUCUCACUCUUGCAUUUGGCCUUCUUGGAAAUAUUGUCUCAUUUAUGGUAUUCCUUGCACCUAUACCGACGUUUUAUAAAGUUUACAAAAAGAAAUCAACCGAAGGGUUUCAUUCAGCGCCGUACGUGGUGGGCUUAUUCAGUGCCAUGCUUUGGAUAUAUUACGCAUUGCUCAAGAGCAAUGUGGUGCUUCUCAUCACCAUAAACUCAGUCGGUAUCUUCAUUGAGACCGUGUACAUUGGUCUAUUUCUCUUCUACGCACCAAAGAAAGCCAGGAUGGAAAGUCUGAAGCUAAUCGUAUUGCUAAUAGUUGUUGGGUUCGGAUUGAUCGUUGGCCUCACUCAGUUCUUUGCAACUGGAGUCACACGUGGCGUGAUAGUCGGAUGGAUUUGUCUUGUUUUCUCUUUAUGCGUGUUUGUAGCCCCUUUGGGAGUUUUGCGACAAGUGAUUAAAACAAAAAGUGUUGAGUACAUGCCGAUUCUGCUAUCGGUAGCACUCACCCUCAGCGCUGUUAUGUGGUUCUUUUAUGGCCUACUUCUCGGCGACUUUAAUAUUGCGAUUCCAAAUGUUCUGGGAUUCACUUUUGGUAUCAUUCAAAUGGUAUUAUACUUUGUCUACAAAAACAAGAAGCAUGUUGGCGAUGAAAAGACAUCCAAAUAUGAGGAGAAAAUCGCUGAAAUGGAGGAGCAAAAGAACCCAAAACUUAAAGAUCAGAAAGUUAUUGACGUCGAGAAACUGAACAAUUUGUUGCAUACCGAGAUUCUUCCAGCUGCAGUCGCAAAAAAUCCUGAUCAUAACUUUGAUCAUGUUGUGAUUGUUGAACCGCAAGUACUCCAAACUAUGCCAAUUCACACCAUCAAAGUUGGAGCAUGAAACCAUACUAAAUAAUAUAUGCUAUUUUGAUUUUAAGCAAGACAAGGGGCAUAUAUGUCUGUGUGAGAAUGAAAAAAGUUUCAUUUCUCAUGUGUGUAGUUUUCUGCAUUUUGUAAAUCGAUCAUUUCGUUUGAAGUUUCCUAGCUUAUAAUAUGUAGCCUUUCCUCUUGA